UCACCCCUCCCCAAAUCUCUAUCAGCGAUGGAGACUUGGGCUGGCUUCUGCCCAGGCUCGCACUUAUUUCUGGGUAUGUGGGUGAUGAUAGCCGCUCAUACCCUGCAAAAUGUCAACGCGGAGAUAAGUUGCCCAUCUUGCCCGUCGCCUGUUCAACUUCACCUGAAGGAUUUACCGCUGAAUAUGCGCACCGGUGCGACGCAGGAGCCAGGCACCCUAAAACAGAUCCGAAUAGAGUUUAGGCAACUCGGGGUUGGGGUUACCGACCGAGACACUGGAGUAAACGACGACCAAGCGGCAGGCACUCCUGCCGAGGACGCACUCCAGUUCGCCGAGGAUGCCAGUUUGGAUGGAGUUAGUGCGAAGGAGCACGCUGCUUGGUCCAGCCCAGACGAAGAAACUCACCGCGACAGCAAUCAGGAGGGAAAGCCAGAAAUGGGUGAAGAUGCUGCGCUCCGGAGAGCGAAGAGAAGCGGUCCUGAGUUUGCUGAGUUUAGCGAGAGCGGCUGGACUGGCAGGGCUGGCGUGGAUGCUGACGCUUCGGAUGAAAGGGGCAAUCCCGGUCCGCUGUUGGACGGACACAAGUUGGGAAGGUCCGACUUCAGAUGGAACCGGGACGAAGGGAGAGGACAUAACCGGCAAGAGGAGCCCAAGCUCACCAGCAGCACUUUCAGUCUGACCGGGGACUCUGCGCAUAACCACGCCGUGGUUUACUGGUCAGGGCAAAACAGCAGCGUGAUCCUGAUCCUAACCAAGCUCUACGACUUUCAUAUCGGCAGCGUCACCGAGAGCACUCUGUGGAGAUCUACCGACUACGGGUCCACGUAUGAAAGAAUGAACGACAAAGUGGGAUCCAAGACGGUCCUGAGUUACCUAUACGUCUGUCCGACUAACAAGAGAAAGAUUAUGGUGUUGACUGAUCCUGAGUUUGAGAGCAGUGUGCUCAUCAGCUCUGACGAAGGCGCCAGUUACCAGAAGUACCGCCUUAGCUUCUACAUACUGAGCCUGCUAUUCCAUCCCACUGAAGAGGACUGGGCUUUAGCCUACAGCCACGACCAGAAGCUGUACAGCUCCAUGGACUUUGGAAGGAAGUGGCAGCUGGUGCACGAGCACGUCACGCCAAACAGGUUCUACUGGUCUGUAUCAGGCCUGGAUAAAGAACCAGAUCUGGUCCACAUGGAGGCUCACGCACCUGAUGGAAAUGUGCAGUAUGUCACAUGCAGAGCUCAGAUGUGCACGGAGCCCAAUCGAAACUACCCGUUCUUCGGGUACAUCGACAUCAGCUCUUUGGUGGUUCAAGAUGACUACAUUUUCAUACAGGUUCCUACAUCUGGACGAGCCACCUACUAUGUGUCCUACAAGAGAGACCCAUUUAUACAGAUCAAACUGCCCAAAUACUCUCUGCCUAAGGAUUUACACAUCGUCAGCACUGAUGAGAAGCAGGUUUUUGCGGCGGUGCAGGAGUGGAACCAGAAUGACACCUAUAACCUCUACCUGUCUGACACCAGAGGGAUCUACUUCACACUGGCCAUGGAGAAUGUCAAAACUACCAGAGGGAUAGGGGGGAACCAGAUGCUGGACUUGUACGAGGUGGCAGGGAUUAAAGGCAUGCUGAUCGCUAACAAGAGGCAGGACAGCCAGGUGAAGACCUACAUCACCUACAACAAAGGCCGAGACUGGAGGCUACUGCAGGCCCCUGCUGUUGAUCUGGAUGGGAAUGACAUUCACUGCAUACUGCCUUUUUGUUCCCUCCAUCUCCAACUGCAAAUGUCCGAGAACCCCUACCUGUCAGGAACGAUCUCCACCAAGAGCUCUGCGCCAGGGAUCAUAGUCGCCACAGGAAAUAUUGGAGCGGAACUGUCCUACAACAAUGUUGGCAUGUUCAUAUCGUCUGAUGCUGGAAACAGCUGGAGACAGAUUUUUGAGGAGGAGCACAACGUCUGGUUUCUGGACAAAGGAGGAGCCCUUGUUGCCGUGAAACAGCCAUCAGUGCCAACCAGACACUUGUGGGUCAGUUUUGACGAGGGGAGGCAGUGGACCCGGCAUAGCUUCUCUUUGGUGCCUCUGUUUGUGGACGGCGUCUUGGUGGAGGCCGGGGCAGAGAACCAGAUCAUGACCUUUUUCGGACACUUCAGCCACCGCUCCGAGUGGCAGCUCAUCAAGAUAGACUACAAGUCCAUCUUCACCAGGCGGUGCACUGAGGAGGACUAUCAGACGUGGCACUUGCAUAACCAGGGUGAGCCGUGCGUGAUGGGGCAAAAACAGAUUUACAUGAAGCGCAGGCCUGGGAACUUCUGCAUGCUGGGGAAGGACUACUCCAGAAUCCUCUCAGCUGAGUCCUGCAUCUGCCGAGCCCAUGAUUUUGAAUGUGAUUAUGGAUAUGAGCGCCGCGCAGAUGGGAACUGCAGGGCCGCCUUUUGGUUCAAUCCCUCCACUGUCUCCAGAAGCUGCAGCCAGGGUCAAAACUAUCUCAACAGCACGGGGUACCGUAAAGUGGUGUUGAACAACUGCACGAAAGGAGUGAAGGAGAUGUACACAGCCAGAAAGCAGCAGUGCCCUAACAGACCUCCAAAGGGACUCGCGCUGACCACCAGAGACGGAAAACUCACCGCCAACUUGGGCAACAACGUCACCUUCCUGGUGCAACUGGAAGAGGGUGACUCCAUGCGGACCAACAUCCAGUUGGAUUUCGGUGACGGCACGGCCGUGUCCUACUCCAACCUGAGCUGGACCGAGGAGGGGAUCAAACACGUCUACAAGUCUGCCGGGAUAUUCCGCGUCACAGCUUUAGCAGAGAACACGCUGGGCUAUGACACCACAACGCUGUACCUGCAUGUCACAUGUCCGGUGGAGCAUGUCCAGCUUCUUGCCCCCUUCGUGGUCAUAAGGAACAAGGAGGUGAACAUCACAGCAAUGGUCUGGCCCAGCCACUCGCGCACUGUCACCUACUUCUGGUGGUUAGGCAACAAUACUGAGCCGGUGAUAACGCUGGACGGGAGCAUCUCUUACACCUUCCCCAGCGAGGGGAUGCACACGAUCACAGUCCAAGUGUCCUCCGCCAACACCAUACUGCAGGACACCAAGACCAUAGCAGUCCAAGAAUUCUUCAAAUCGCUACUUUUAUCUUUCUCCCCUAAUCUGGACGAGUUCAACCCCGACAUACCCGAGUGGAGGCAGGAUGUGGGGAGAGUAAUUAAGAAGGCUCUGCUCCAAGUGUCUGACUUCCCGGAGGAGCAGCUCUUGGUAGCCGUGUUCCCAGGGGUCCCAACAGCCGCCGAGCUCUUCCUUUUACCACACAAGAAUCACUCAGAGGGAAAGAAAAAGAGCGAGGAGGAGCUAGAGCGGGUAUCUGAAAUAAUUGUAAGCGCGCUGAACCAAAACUUGGUGGAGUUCGAGCUCAAGCCUGGUGCGAGGGUGAUUGUGUACAUCACACAGUUAACACUGGCACCCUUGGUGGAUUCCAGUCCAAGACACAGCAGUUCGGCCAUGCUGAUGUUGCUAUCAGUGGUGUUCCUAGGCCUAGCUGUGUUUCUCAUCUACAAAUUCAAGAGAAAAAUACCCUGGAUCAACAUAUAUGCUGAGGUGAACCAGGAGAAAGAGCAGGAGAUGAUUGGCUCGGUGGGCCAGGGCGACAGCACGCCUAAAAUCACUCUGAGUGAGUUCUCCACAUCCAAAGAACUCAUGGAGAAGGAGCUGGAUGCCAGGGUCAAACGGGGAGUCGGAAAUGCCUGCGAGAGCACAAGGGAGAUUCCUAACUGUACUAGUGUUUAAAGCUGGGCGACACAACAGUUUGUGUACAGAACAAAGUAUUACCGUGUUGGGGGUUCUCUUUUUCUGUUUUGUAAUUCUCAAACACAAUUGAUGUUAAUAGUUUUCUAAGGGACCUCAUUUAUACAGAUUCGCAUGGAUGUCAUGAGCAACAACAUCCAUGCAGCAAAUUUAAAUCCACUCAAUGAGAUCGUUGUAAUUAAUGGCAAAACUUAUUCAGUUUUGUGGAUGUAUAAGCUACAUAAAUACAUUCAUUUGCAGAGUGAAAUAUCUUUAUUUCUUGAGCUUUUGUCAAAAACCUAUGGAGAGAGUUAUGUAAAUUUCCUCGAGUUUGCUUUCAAAAAUUGUUUCUGCCUAUAUAUAGACUAUAACGUCUGAGUCGUCAAUCAAACAGGGAAUAUUAUUGAAAUGUACAAUAUUAUCAUCUGUUCUGUUAUCUGUAUAUAUUCUAUGUAUACUUAAUUUCUACAUGCUCGUAGUCUGAUGGCGAAGACAGAAGAUCUGACCACAGCCUGAUUUUGAAAGCGUGUUAAAAAGUCAAACAUUACCUAAAAGAAUCAGCUUUGUUUGUUUUGAUAAGGUCCUUGACUCGUGCAUGUUCUUAUUGAGGACACAACUUCUGUGUUGUAGAUAAGCAAGUGUUGUAAAUAGUUCUUUUCUAAUCAUUCGUCAAACGAGCCCAAUCAAUUUUGCAUAGAGUUCCAUUCCUCUACUCAGUUUCCUUUGAUUUACUGCCAGGCGAUACAAGUCUUGUACAAAGGGUUUAUCUGUUAAUGCAGGUUUAUAAUUGUAUUGGCACAUUACAGAUUUAACUCCACUAUCCUUGAAAUAAAAUAAAAAAUAUAUAUAUAUUGACAUGAAGAUAUUUACACAUGUUCGAUAGGUUCAUAUCAUAUUCCAUUAGCCAUAUAAAAUAUUUAAGCAUUUUUUUUCGCAGUCUUUAAACUCUCUGUACCAAACACUGAUUGCCAUCAUGAGAGUAUUACAUUUGUCCUUUGAAACAACGGCUCUGACACUUCUUCAACGACCACAGAACAAAAGCAACAUCGGCAUGAAAUUGUUAUAAUGUGGCUGCUGGUUAUCAAAUGUACAAUAUCCACAAAAUCUGGGAGAAACACGCGGGGCCUCACGUUUGACAUAGGCUCUCACAAACUAAUUGUUGGCCUGAAUGCAGAGCUCUCUGUCAAACAUUACCAAAGUUUUUGGCAAACAUGAGCUUGUUACAUACAAGAUCCAUUGCUGAUUUAGAGCAUGCAGCCCAUGCUCUUCAAAUAUUGAGCAGUGGACAUCAAGUAACACCCAACAUUUUCCAGAUUGCACGUAUAAAAUUGACUCAGACAUGUACGAUUCUUUUUUUUUUUUUUUUAAACUGAGUCUUUCUUUCUAAUGUGCAUAUCUAGCAUUUUGGAAUGAAAGUGUCUAGUGCAGCUUUGGGUUCUCAGUCCUUUGCUUCUGGGUAUCUGCUCCAGCAUUAAGAGUGCCAACUCUCAUAAAGCUUCAUGGUAAUCUGUUCCCUCUUCUGCCAUUGUCUUUAAAUCAUAUUGCCACAACGAGGCAAAGUAAGUGUUCUCAGCGACUUCCAUUCAUCUGACAAAGUAUUCUGCAAAAGCAACCGUACUAUUGCACUGCAUUUAUUUAAGAGGACAAUUACUUACAAAGCAAA